AUGGACGACAGAAAGAAACAUGAACUCUGGGGAAAGAUCUUAAAAUUCUGCCAAGAGGCUUUGAAAAAGGAAGUCGCCGAUGCUGCAGAAAAGAAAAAGCAAGUUUUAUCCGAGAGAAUUGUUCCUCUUCCAAAUCUCAGUGGAAUGAGCGACGAUGAACUCCGUCAGCUGUGCCGAGAAAUUCACUCCAAAUGCGACAAAGUCGAUGAAGAAAGAUACGACCUCGAGAUCAAAGUCAACAAGUUCGACUCUGAAGUUAAAGAUCUCGAAAUCAAAAUUAUGGAUCUCCGAGGAAGCAAAUUCAAGAAGCCCCCACUUCGAAAGGUAAAGAUGUCUACCGACCAGAUGCUCUCCGCGCUCCUGGGCAAGCAGGGUGGCGGCAAGCAAGAUCUCCGAUCCGGCCUCAAAAAAGUCAAGUAA